UCGCAGCCUCGCCUCGUUUUUCACACCUGCCUUCCUGCCCGUUUUUUGAUCAAAAGUGACACUCGAGCCAUUGUUAAUUCCGCAAAGGCCAAGCUUCCGCCGGCUGCUGGCUUAGACAGCUCUGACAAUUUCUCGGGUUCUUUCACCUGGAGUGAAGCCCCACGAUCGUGGAUCGACUCCCCGGUACGGGCAGCACUGUCUCCCUUUGCAGGCCCGUGAAUAGGGAAAGGCCAUAGUCCUCUAUCCAAAAGCUCUGUUACCCAUUCGGGAAUCGACGCUCGUGUGUUGAAUGCCAUUGCCACUCGUUGGAAGCAGAAUCGAGGACAGGAAAACAAUACGAUACUUAACCGAUGGGCAGCCUCACACGGACUGCAAUGAAGUUUCCGGCCUUGAUUGUAAAAUAUGAACUAAGAGGCCGUCUGACACUUUUGCAUCAAAGCGAAGCACCAGUACACGUUCAGAAUGGGGAUUGAUGGAGUCGAUUUGAAUGAUGACGCAAACCGAUCUCUCUUUGCGGAUAUUGUGUUGUUUAAAACUAAUAUCUUGAGAGAUGAUAUGCUGUUCAUUGGUCCGGAUCAACCCACCCAGAGAGCAGUGCAAGCUAUCGCCCACAACUUGGAUCUAGAAUAUGAAUUCUCGCUGGCGACAGGAAACGCGAGGAUAACCCGACGCCUUGCCUUUCAUACUUCAGAUGACACCGUUGCCCAUUUCCAAGGGCUCUCCACUUCUCAAUGGCAAACACAUGCAGGGCAUCCUCCGCCAGUACCAAAUUUUUGGGAUGAUUCACUUGUCAUUGAUCAGGACUUUCCUCUGGGGAAUGAUGGCGAGGACCGUGCACCGUUAGAUCUGUGUUCUUGGUUACAAGAUUUGGGUCCGCCUGCUGGAAGUGUCAGCGGCACUCUAGAAGUUACUGAUAGGACGGGACAAGCUGAAUCUUUUCCGUCAGCAGAUAAAGGUCAGGAACAGUCGCAUCAUCAUUCCCCUUCCCGCCACUCAGCGCCAUCACGAGCAUCCCCUUCACUCGAAAUUGAGAACGAAAUCUCUUAUUUUGAUGACAUUCGAGUUGCCAACAGUCCUCCGUUGCGACCCAUCCGUGUGAACUUACAGCCAUCUCCUUCGCCCCCUCCGACAAACCGUGGGAUCAGACGAAGCAGCUCAAGGCCAAGUCAAGAAGAUGCAGUCCUCAUGUCCUUCGCGGCUGAUGGUAGCGAUACUUUUGAGACCGGUAUCGCGACUGGCAGUAAGAGUCAUGUUUCCAACGGUGAUUCUUCUGGUCGACCUGGACGCUUUUCCAGCCGGCGAGCUUCUCUAGGUUCGAUUGCACGUGCUUCCAGCAAGGCGGUGAAGGCUCUAGGUGCAUGUUGGCGAUGCCGAGUCCUGAGAGACAAAGUAAUUCAAGUUUCCCCUUCACUUUCACGGCAUCUUUGGGCAAAGGCUGACAAAGAUUAUGUCGGCCAUUGUGAAGUCUUAUAACUGAGAGUAUGUAGUACUGGGAAAGGAACAUGGCUGACGAUGCUUCUAGUGUGACACCACGACGCCGUGUGCCAUGUGCUCUGGAUCCACUAAGCUUCGGGGCUUGGGUUGGUUCUCUGUUGGUUGCAAACGUGGUAGUAUCAGGAAGGAGAUGGCCCCAAUUGAGAUGUGCCCACAGCUUGUUGAAAAUCCUCAGUCACGUCCCGAGUUUACCAUCAGGAACUGGCCUACGAUGGUGAAUAUGUCAGCAAAAGAGAACCUUCUACGACGGGAGCAAGCCCUAGAGAAUCCGGGAAUCCUUGUCACCGAAAAUGGUCAUGACAUAGAUACACUACUUCAACAACACGAAGGCUCAUGGUUGGCCUUGCAAGGAUUUCGCCUCUCAAGAAAUUCUCAAGACGAACAUCCUUCCCUACCGAAUUUAUUACCUCUCGAUAA